AUGGGGUUACAAAAUCCCAACAAAGCGGCUAAAACGCGCCGUUUCUUGGUUGCCGAGGGAAUAUAUAUGAACAGUGAACAAUUAUGUCCUUUACGUGAACUGGUGAAGCUGAGAGCCAAAUAUAAGUUACGUUUGUUCUUGGACGAAAGCAUUUCUUUUGGGGUUCUCGGCACAACUGGCCGCGGAAUUGCUGAACACUUCAAUGUUGAUCUUUUUGAAGUUGAUUUAAUGGCAAUGGGUUCUAUCGGCGGUUUUUGCGUGGGUUCUCAUUUUAUUGUCGAGCAUCAACGUUUAUCUGGCGUAGCUUAUUGCUUCUCAGCGUCCUUACCUCCCAUGCUGGCCCAAGCUGCGAUAUCAGCAUUAAAUCGUUUUGAAAAAGAUCCCCAGAUCUUUGCGGAACUCCAAGACACGUCCCGCUUACUACAUCAAAUAUUUUCCAAUUUCUCUAAACUAACCAUAGGAGGCCAUCCACACUCCCCAGAUAAAAAUUUAUAUUUAAACGUUACAUGGCAGCAGGUCGAUGAAGAGCAUAAAAAAUUAGUAGAAAUAUCUGAUAAG